UUUUUCUCGCUUCUGUUCUCAUCACUCAUUCAACGACACCGGGAUUUGCUGGUCAAGUCCACGAGCAUCAUUCUUUCAAUUCAAUACUCUAAUGCUGAGUUUUAUUGAUGUCGCAGCAGAUACUUGAUAAUUGCCCUAGCCGCUAAAAUGGACAUCGAACCCACCCUUCCUAUUCCGAUCUCGUAUAUCGCGGGUAGCUACUUUCUCUUCUCUAUUGAUGCCGUUACGUAUCUGAGACGCGAGUAUCACAUAUGCGGCGUGUUAAGCGGCACAUUGCCCCAAAUCCCACAACAGAAUGUCUUCCUGGGCUUGCCAUUGAAGCUGAUGCCUGAAGAGGCGCGGCUGCUCGUGGAGAAAGGUGUAGCGUGCAUUGUAGACGAGGUAAAAGUCCAAAAGGAUGGAAUGCGAUCCCUCAUGGAAGAGGACCGAAAGAAGUAUCUCCGUGAGCUAGAAUCCCAGGGCCAGCAUGCCAUGCGGCUGCAGAACGAUCGAAAGGAGCAGCAACGCGAGAAAGCUUUAAAGAAAAUAGAAGAAAAGAAGGCCGCAAAGGCGAGAAAGUCGGAGCAGCCGCCUGUUGCUAAUAGUCCUGGUGAGGGCUCGGUUGUUGAUUUGUUCGCAAACGAUCAGGGAUCUGACCAGGCAUCACGUCGUUCUUCGACUGCUGCUCCGUAUGGCACGGCUAUGGGAGUCACGCCUGCUACAUCCUAUCCGCCUCUUCCGUAUGAGUCGUCUGCUGAGCAACGGCUGCCUCUUCCUGAUGUGCCUGCCUCAUACCCAUUGUUCGCUCACCUGCACUCCGAGGGUUACUUUUUGUCGCCUGGAUUGCGGUUCGGCUGCCAGUAUCUCGUCUAUCCUGGUGAUCCCUUGCGGUUCCAUUCCCACUUCCUGGGUGUCGCUGCUGAUUGGGAUGAGGAGUUUGAUUUGAUGAAGAUAGUUGCUGGUGGUCGACUAGGUACGGGUGUGAAGAAGGGGUUUCUUAUUGGAGGAGCUGAGGGCUCCGAUGGGGAUCCCAGUAGCGUGAGGACUUUCAGCAUUGAAUGGGGUGGAAUGUGAUGCUCAUGUCCUCUACGCUUUAUGGCUAUUGAUCAUCUUGAUCUGCUGCAGGUCGCAGCAUACCGUAUACCUGCGUUCAAGCAGAAUCGCAGGGUCAGAGGACGUCACGCUGUACAUCUACACCUAAUCCAGCAGAGAUGCACAUGGACUUGAUACAACCCGGUGUUGGCUUGUACGGCUCAUGGUCCUCGUCCAACAAGUUCAGGAAGCGCUUCAGCUACUGGAUCAGGAUUCCGGAAGCAUGUUUGUGCAGAACUUCGGACUUAACCAGAAUUGAGAAUUCAUACCAUGAUCCUAAGACCUACAAUCAGACAAAAAUGAACUUGGACUUGUCUAUUCCAUUGAUUCUCAUGCACACUUCUCGUAGUUUCGAGUAU